AUGGCAAACCUCAAUUUUCCAGUCGAAGGACCGGAUUUCCUGACUGAUGAUACACUCCAUGAAGCUUAUGAGCUGGAGAUUGAAUCAGACAAGGGUAAUAAAGUUCGAUUCGGAGAACUCGUAGCAGGGAAAGGGGAUACGAUAACAACGAUCGUCAUUUUUAGUGGGUUUUACGCCAUUCGAUCAGUACGCCACUUCUUCUGCGUCUACGACCAAGACUACAUUCGAACUGUAGCUAGCCAAAUGACCCAAAAAUUACUGGAUACAGUACCCGCCAGUGCCCGACCAGCUCAAGUCAUCAUGCUCGGCUGCGGAGACCACAGCCUCAUUUCUUCCUAUAUGGAAGAGACAUCGAACGAAUUCCCAAUCUACACUGAUUCGUCAGGGAGGAUAUACAAAAAACUACAGAUGAAGAGGACAAUGCGCGGAUUCACAGAGCCACCGCCAUAUUCUAACUACACAUUGCCUACUGGUUUUGUGGAAUGUUUAAAGCAGAUAUGGAAACGUGGAUGGGCUGGUCUCCGUGGGGGCAAUUGGACUCAGCAGGGUGGUGAGUGGAUAUUUCAACGGGGAAAACUACGAUAUGCACAUCGGAUGGAAGGAGCGCAUGAUCAUCUUACUGCGGAGCAGUUGCUGGAGAUCUUGAAUGUGGCAUAUGGUGAAGGUGAUGAUUCACCCUCUACCAGGGAGGGAGGGGAAAACACCGAUGGAGAAGUGCAGGGAACAAAUUGUGAGAGCCGAGGGCUAGGCACGGAAUACAUAUAUUUCAGACCUUAG